AUGUCGGUGAAUUUAGAGCAGAGCAGUCCAAAAAGCAUUCACAGUUUACCCAAUCUCAUUGGCACUGAGAUGAGAUUUGGACCAGAAAACGAAAGGCAUGGGAUGGGAGGGCGCAGGAUACGCACUUUUGUCAAACCACAGCCACCCGCAGGUCAUCAGCUUUGGGUCAUGUGCUGUGCUCAGUCGAAGCACAUGCAGAGGGACAAAAGCCUCCCACUUUUUAAAGGGAAAACCCUGCCCUUUUAUUAA